ACCAAUUGAUCAUAGAAAACAAUAGGAAGCAAAUUUUGAUCAAUACACGAGUACAGAGAUAAUUAGACUGAUUGUUAUUGAUCAUUUAGAUUUACAAUUUACUUGAAAAUAGAAGGCAAAAAAAGUUAAUUAUCAUGAAAGGCUUAACUAAUUUUCUCGUUACAAUUACUUUAAUUGUCUCCUCGUUGGUCAUCAUAACAACAAAUGGACAAUAUAAUCCAUAUUAUCCUCCUCAGUAUCCUUACUACCCUCAACCUUACCCUCAACCUUACCCUCAGCCUGUGAAUCAAUAUCAAACUGGUACAUGUCCAAACGCCUUGACCGCUCCAUCAAAUGGAGCCUUAGUCUCUGGUUGUGCUCCAACCAUCGGGAGUGUUUGUACCUUUUCCUGUAACUCGGGUUACACUUUGUCCGGAUCAUCAACGGUUACCUGUGUAGCCCCUGGCUACUGGUCAUCUGCCGCUCCAACUUGUUCAGCGAGUACAAGAGUAAUUGGCUACCUUGCUGUUCCCAAUAGAGGAUUUGGAAGACCAUAUGUAUGGGGAUAAAUUGUCAAGCUCGGAAAUCAAUACUCAUCAAUUAACUGAUAUUAUGAAACAACUAUCAACUAAUCAUCUCUUGCACAGUUAAUGUAACUUCAAUAAAAGCUUAACUGCAAUUAAACAAAUUCAAUUGA